AGGGUCCAGAUCGGUCCGGCAAAUCGCGCCUGGGCGCGCGCCCGGGAAGCCGGCCGCCGGUCCUAACCGUCCCACGCGCCUUCCCUCCGGCCCAGGCGCAGGCGCAGACGCACGCGCCGCCGCCCGCCGUCCCUUCCCUCCGGCGGAGGUGGGGGGAAGGGAGAAUCGUUCCGUUUAACCCUGGGUUCCCCAAACCCUCUUUCAUUUGCUAAAUUUGCAGCUUGCUAAUUCUUUCUCUGGCUCACUCCCUUCCCCCAUACCAAAAUCUGGUUUAUAUUCAAUGCGAAGCGAAGCCCUAACCCUAACCUCGCGCCCCCCCUCCCCCCAUCUUUUUUACAUAGCUUUCCAUCGAACUCUGCAAAUUUUGCAAUAGGGGGAGGGAUUUUUAAAAUUACAUUUGCAAAGUUCGGUAUCUGGGCAGGCGCAGGGGGAGGGAGGGAAUGGGAGCAGGCCCCGCCCCUACCGCCCAUUGCAAAUAAAAAUCUAGUUGCGGGGGGGGGGGAGGUGGAGCAGGAAGUGGCGGUGCGAGCGCUGCCGCACAGCUAGCAGAGCCACGGUCGGGACGGCAGCGCGUGCCCCAAGCUCUCCGCCUCCCCCCCUGCCCGCCAGUCCGAGGCAGCCCGAGCUCAGCCCGCGGCCCCAGCAGCAGCACCGAAAGCAGCCCCAGUAGCAGCACUAUGGCCGGGUGGAACGCCUACGUCGACAGCCUCAUGGCGGACGGGACCUGUCAGGACGCGGCCAUCGUGGGCUAUAAGGACUCGCCCUGCGUCUGGGCCGCCGUCCCCGGGAAAACCUUGGCCAACAUCACGGCAGCAGAGGUUGCAGUUCUCCUUAGCAAAGACCGGUCAGGUAUUUUCGUGAAUGGGCUGACACUUGGGGGCCAGAAAUGUUCCGUGAUCCGGGACUCACUGCUGCAGGAAGGGGAAAAUAACAUGGAUCUUCGCACCAAGAGCACUGGCGGAGCCCCCACCUACAACGUCUCUGUCACCAUGACCGACAGGACGCUAGUCUUGGUGAUGGGCAAAGAAGGUGUCCAUGGUGGUUCGAUCAACAAGAAAUGUUAUGAAAUGGCCUCCCACCUGCGGCGUGCCCACUACUGACCUCAUCUGCCCCUUCCCCCCACCACUCCCCACUGCUUUUGCACCCCUCCUUCCCAUACACACACAUACACCAUUUUUAUUUUUGGGGCCAUUACCCCACACCCCUUAUUGCUGCCAAAACCACAUGGGGUGGGGGCUGGGGCCUGAUGGACGGACACCUCCCCCUACCCAUACUCCUCCUGUGUGUGGUUGGAAAACUUUGUUUUUUGGGUUUUUUUCUGAAUAAAAAAGAUUCCACUAACAAA